AUGGCUAGAAAGUUAUUAAAAGAGUUCACCACACCGCUUGGGUCUGGGGCCGGUGUACCUAAAGAUAAACGACCCCCACCUAUCAAAGAUGGAGCACAUAGAUUGGCCAAACCCUUUAGGGUUCCCUUUGCUGAUAGAUCUAAUACCAUAGGUGCUGGAAGUGUUGAUUCAAAGAAAAUUAUAAGGGCGGCGAGAGCCAAAGUUGUGAAUUAUUCACUUAUGGAUGGAUCCAAUGAAAAUGAUGGUUUCGAAACCGCAGUCGAUGCUGAAGGAAAUGCUAUUCGAGUGAAAAAGAAGGGAGCGUUAUUACCGAGAUCCGUAUUCAACUCAGAUUCGGUGGUGAAUACUGAAAAGAAGUUUAAAAGAAGUUUCACGAUUCCAUUUUCAAGAGAUAGCGAGAAGCGUGAAGAAUUCGAAAAUACAUCAAGAGGGCCCCCGCCACCUCUAGGUACAAGACGGAAAAUGAUUUUGCCUCCUAGAGCGCUACAUGAUCCUACUAGUGAAUUUGCAAUUGUAUUAUAUGACCCUACCGUGGACGUUAUUCCAAAGAUAGAAGAAGAGGUUAAAGAAGCAACCCCCAAUCCCGAGAAUGAUGAAGUACAGGAGGAAGAACAGCCACCUACAAAGAGAAGAAAGACUCAUAAAUCACUAGCCGAAAUGUUAGGGAUUUGCAAAAACCCUGAUGAAGUAGCUUCAAAGUAUCCUGAUGUACCAGUUGUAAUUGAUCCUAAACUAGCGAAAAUUUUGAGACCUCAUCAAGUCGCCGGAGUCAAAUUUUUAUAUAGGUGUACUGCCGGUUUGAUCGACGCUAGAGCUAAAGGGUGUAUUAUGGCAGAUGAAAUGGGGUUGGGGAAAACUUUGCAGUGUUUGGCUUUAAUGUGGACUUUAUUAAGACAAAGUCCUCGAGGUAGAAAAACCAUUGAAAAAUGUAUUAUUGUAUGUCCAUCUUCAUUAGUAAGAAAUUGGGCCAACGAAAUAGUGAAAUGGCUUGGAGAAGGAGUAUUAACACCAUUGGCAGUCGAUGGGAAGUCUACUAAAAGUUCAGAUUUGGGAAGCGCUCUACAGCAAUGGUCUGUUGCAUCGGGCCGUAAUAUUGUUAGACCGGUUCUUAUUAUUUCCUAUGAAACAUUGAGAAGAAACGUUGAUAAAUUGGCAGGAACAGAAGUUGGUUUGAUGUUGGCUGAUGAAGGACAUCGUUUGAAAAAUGGUGACUCUUUAACAUUCACUGCACUUAAUUCUUUAAGAUGUGACCGAAGAGUAAUUUUAUCGGGUACACCAAUUCAAAAUGAUUUAUCAGAAUAUUUUUCAUUAUUAAAUUUUGCAAAUCCUGGUUAUUUAGGAACUAGAAAUGAUUUCAGAAAAAAUUUUGAAAAUGCAAUUUUAAGAGGUCGAGACGCUGAUGCCACUGAUAAAGAGAAAGAAAAAGGUGAUUUAAAAUUGAAUGAAUUAUCACAAUUAGUGUCAAAAUUCAUUAUUAGAAGAACUAAUGAUAUUCUAUCAAAAUAUUUACCACUCAAAUAUGAAUAUGUUGUAUUUGUUGGACUAUCACCAAUGCAAAAAAAGCUUUACGAACAUUUUAUAACGUCACCCGAAAUCAAAAAAUUAUUGAAAGGUGUUGGUUCGCAGCCAUUAAAAGCCAUUGAUAUGUUGAAAAAACUUUGCAACCAUCCUGACUUACUAUCACUUCCAGAGGAUUUGUUGGGUAGUGAAAAUGUUUUACCCGAAGAUUACGUUUCUUCUAAUGAAGGCAGUGGACGUAAUAGAGAAAUACAAACAUGGUUUAGUGGGAAAUUUAGUGUUCUAGAGAGAUUUUUACAUCAAAUAAAAACACAAACGGACGAUAAAAUCGUCUUGAUUUCAAAUUAUACCAAAACACUUGAUUUAAUUGAAAAAAUGUGUCGAUACAAACGAUACGGGGCAUUAAGACUUGAUGGUACAAUGAAUAUCAAUAAACGUCAAAAAUUAGUUGAUCGUUUCAACGAUCCACAAGGUAAUGAAUUCAUCUUUUUAUUAUCGUCAAAAGCCGGUGGCUGCGGGAUUAAUUUAAUUGGUGCCAAUCGUUUAGUAUUGAUCGAUCCCGACUGGAACCCUGCUGCCGAUCAACAAGCUUUAGCAAGAGUGUGGAGAGACGGUCAAAAGAAAGAUUGUUUCAUCUAUCGAUUCAUUUCUACUGGUACAAUUGAAGAAAAAAUCUUUCAACGUCAAUCAAUGAAAAUGUCCUUGUCUAGUUGCGUGGUUGAUGAAAAGGAAGAUGUGGAGAGAAUCUUUAGUGGAGACAGUCUUAAAAUGUUAUUUGAAUAUCAACCGGAUACUCAAUGCAAUACCCAUGAUACCUACAAUUGUAAAAGAUGUCGUUCUGACUCGGGUCAGUUUGUUAAAGCCCCAGCCAUGCUAUAUGGGGACGCCACCACCUGGAAUCAUCUCGAUCAUAAUUCACUCAUCCGAAAUGAAGAUCGUUUACUUCAAAACGAAUCUAACUUCGACGAUAUCUCCUUUGCUUUCCAAUACGUUUCGCAUGUUGAGGACUACUAA